CAGAGUCGCGCUGUGCGUUGCAAGCUUUUCGCGUGUGCGCAGCCGCAACUUUUCCUCUCCCAUCUUUCGCGAGGGCGAACCCCCCCCCCCUUCCCCCAAUCCACUGAUCGAUCCAUCGGCGAUGACGCUGGGUAGCUCCGGUGCCGGAUCGAGCGUCGUCGUUCCUAGAAACUUCAGGCUAUUAGAAGAGCUUGAACGUGGAGAGAAGGGCAUUGGUGAUGGGACAGUGAGCUAUGGAAUGGAUGAUGCAGAUGACAUCUACAUGCGAUCAUGGACUGGUACCAUCAUUGGCCCACACAAUACUGUUCAUGAGGGUCGCAUCUACCAGCUAAAGUUGUUCUGCGAUAAGGAUUAUCCUGAGAAGCCACCAUCUGUCAGAUUCCAUUCAAGAAUCAACAUGACAUGUGUUAAUCACGAGACUGGGGUGGUUGAUUCAAAGAAGUUUGGUUUGCUUGCAAACUGGCAGCGAGACUACACAAUGGAAAAUAUCCUAAUCCAGCUCAAAAAAGAGAUGGCUGCCUCGCACAACCGCAAGCUAGUGCAGCCUCCAGAAGGGACAUUCUUCUAAAGAAGUGUUCGCCGGCUCAUUUCGGGAUUCAACAACAGUAACUGAUAAGUUGUUUCGUGGGAACAAAAAAUAGCCUCUACAUCUGGUGCCUGCGCUUGUAUUUUAAGUCUUUUUAUGUAUGCCCUUGUAUCUGUGAACCGCUGUGAACAAUUGAAGUAUGUACCGUGCAAUUUGCGUGAUGGCUGUUGAGGAUGCUGAGCAAAGCCGAAACAGCUGUUGUUUGGAAACUUUUGCAGGUUCUAGCGAUGUAAUCGAAGAAUCUGAAGAGUAAAUGAAUGGACAAAUGCAGCUUCUUGGUACCUUAA